GACUGAGACGUGCAAAGCCCGCGCAGUGCCUGCAUGUUCAGUAAAAAGCAUGUGAUCCCGAUGCUCCGCGGACCUGGCGGGCUCCCUCCAGCCUCGCUCCCCGACAGCCCCCGCCGCCCCGGCUCAGCCCGGCUCCCGCCUGCGCCCCGCCGACCGUUAGCUCUGGGCUGUCAACGCGGGGAACUGCCGCCCGCCCGGGGGCUCUGGGACUUUCGAUACCUUUAUUGGAACGUGGACCGCGCGUCUGCCCGGGAGCCGGCUCGGCCGCUCGGAAAGACCCUCCGCACUCCGCGGGCCCCCCGGCCCCGCGGUGAGAGCGCGGCCCCGCCCCCUCCCGGCGCUUCCGGUUUCGCCCCCGCGGGCCGGGCGGGCGCGUGCGCAGCGACCAGGGCUCAGGGUCGCACGCGUCCUUCCCCCCACAGGCCCUUGCGGCUCGGGCGCCACCGGAAGCAGCAGGACGGUCAGAAUCAGACACGCUGGGUGCCGGCCCCGUGCUCGUCCACCGAGAGCCAGAAGGCGAAAUCCGACAGGCGCACGGCCGUCCGGAGACUCUGGAUAAGUUACGGACCGAGAGGUGGCAAAAUAACUUGGGAAGGUUUUUUUUGAAGGAGCUGGGCCGACCUAGGAGAGUCGAUGGGACUUCGUAACGGUUUGUUUUCUGUUCGGUGAUGGAGAAGCAUGUUUGGCAAAUGCAAAGUGGCGGUAGCGCGAAGUGCCCCUCUGGAACCUGGAAAUAGGAUUGUCCUGUGAGGAAGAAUGAUUAAAUUAUUAAUUAAAAGGUGAGAGUAGAGAUAUGCAAAGUUAGCGUAAAGAAGCAAAAUUUUAUCAGGCCUUCAAGAUGUGACAGUAUCCUGACAGCUAAUAGAAAGAAGAUUGUACAU